UGCAGGCUGGGAAACGCCAGCGGAGAGUCGCCCUCACAUCAAGAUGGCGGAGCGGGGAGGCCAGGAGCAGCAGCGGCUGCAGCAGCGACAGGAGCGAGGCCCGGGCCAGCUGGAGUAUUAGACAAGGGCCACCGAGGAAGCGCGUCUCGCCGCCUUUCAGAGCCGUUGCCCCCCCGAACUCCUCCGGAGCGACAUUAAAAUCUCCAAAAGCUCCCCGGGGGGGGGAGUGAGUGAGCCGGACAUACAUAUAUAUAUAUAUACACACACACACACACACACAGAGACAGAAGCUGCUCGGUGCGGGGACACACACACACACACACACAGACAGACAACACCCUCCCUCCCCCCCCCCCAAAAAAAAACACCCAUCCACACACCGGGCCUGGAGAGGAGGGAAACCCAGGCUGAAAGGCGACCACCUCCACUUUCGUAUGAAUUCCGCCGAGGCCAGCUCGGAGUGUGCGCCACCAGAGGCGAACGCAAGUGAACAGGGAGAACCUUUAGCAAAAAACCACACAGCAAGCCGAAUGAAGCGAGCAGCUGCAAAGCAUCUAAUAGAACGCUACUACCACCAGUUAACUGAGGGCUGUGGAAAUGAGGCCUGCACGAAUGAGUUUUGUGCUUCCUGUCCAAGUUUCCUCCGUAUGGAUAACAAUGCAGCGGCCAUAAAGGCCCUUGAGCUUUUUAAGAUUAAUGCAAAACUCUGUGAUCCUCACCCUUCCAAGAAAGGAACCAGCACUGCCUAUGUGGAAAAUAGCACGAAGAGCUCCCACAGCAUCAUCUGUUGUUCAGAAACAAAAGUGAAUAAGCGAGAGAUGCAGGCUCAAAGAGAAGAUUUUAAAGAUGUGAAUUACCUGACUGAGGAAAAAGUGUAUGAAAUCUUGGAUCUGUGUGGAGAACGUGAAGACUAUUCACCAUUGAUACGUGUCAUUGGUAGAGUUUUCUCUAGUGCGGAUGCAUUGGUGCAGAGCUUCCGAAAGGCCAAGCAGCAUACUAAGGAAGAGCUGAAAUCCCUUCAGGGAAAGGACGAGGACAAAGAUGAAGAUGAGGAAGAAAAAGCUGCUUCUGCAGGGUCCAUGGAUGAUGCAGAGGCCUCUUCAUCAAGAAGCUCCUUUGGGGGCACACAGACAAGAGACAACAAUGUUCAUAAAUUAGGACCUGAUGAAGUGUCUAUUGAUGUUGAUGCAGUCAGACGGGUCUAUAAUAAAUUGCUUUCCAAUGAGAAGAUAGAAACAGCUUUUCUUAAUGCAUUGGUGUACUUGUCACCAAACGUGGAAUGUGAUUUGACUUAUCAUAAUGUGUAUUCAAGGGAUCCUAACUAUCUAAACUUAUUCAUUAUAGUCAUGGAGAACAGCAACCUUCAUAGCCCUGAAUAUCUGGAAAUGGCUCUUCCACUAUUUUGCAAAGCAAUGAGCAAGCUACCCCUCCCAGCUCAAGCCAAAUUGAUUCGACUAUGGUCGAAGUACACUGCAGACCAGAUCCGUCGAAUGGUGGAAACCUUUCAGCAGCUCAUUACAUACAGGGUCAUAAGUAAUGAAUUCAGUAGUCGAAAUCUGGUGAAUGAUGAUGAUGCUGUUGUUGCUGCUACAAAAUGCUUAAAAAUAGUGCACUAUGCAAACAUUAUUGCAGGCGAUGUGGACACAGGGCACAAUGAGGAGGAGGAAGAUGAGCCAGUUGCAGAAUCCAGUGAGAUUACUUUGCAGGAACUACUGGGUGAAGAGCGCAGAAAUAAAAAAGGACCCCGAGUGGAUCCCCUCGAAACAGAGUUGGGGGUGAAAACAAUUGAUUGCCGCAAGCCACUUGUCUCUUUUGAAGACUUUAUUAAUGAACCACUAAACGAUGUACUAGAAAUGGAUAAAGACUAUACUUUCUUCAAAGUAGAGACAGAAAAUAAAUUCUCCUUUAUGACCUGCCCCUUCAUUCUCAAUGCUGUAACCAAGAACUUGGGACUUUACUACGACAACAGGAUACGCAUGUACAGUGAGCGCCGAAUCACUGUCCUCUACAGCCUAGUACAGGGGCAACAACUGAACCCUUAUCUUAGACUUAAAGUCCGACGUGACCACAUCAUUGAUGACGCACUUGUUCGGCUGGAGAUGAUUGCCAUGGAAAAUCCUGCAGACCUGAAGAAGCAGCUGUAUGUAGAAUUUGAAGGCGAGCAAGGUGUGGAUGAAGGAGGCGUUUCCAAAGAGUUUUUUCAACUUGUUGUGGAAGAAAUCUUCAAUCCUGACAUUGGAAUGUUCACAUAUGAUGAAUCUACAAAAUUGUUCUGGUUCAACACUUCCUCAUUUGAGACUGAGGGACAGUUUACUCUAAUUGGCAUUGUUCUUGGCCUAGCCAUUUACAACAACUGUAUACUGGAUGUGCAUUUUCCUAUGGUCGUUUACAGAAAACUGUUGGGCAAAAAGGGAACGUUCCGUGACUUAGAAGACUCUCACCCGGUCUUGCAUCAGAGUCUAAAAGAACUUAUUGAGUACGAUGGCAGCGUAGAGGAUGACAUGAUGAUUACUUUCCAGAUAUCACAGACUGACUUGUUUGGAACUCCAAUGAUGUGUAACUUGAGGGAGAAUGGCGAUCAGAUUCCAGUGACAAACGAAAACAGAAAGGAAUUUGUUGACCUUUAUACAGAUUAUAUUCUCAACAAAUCAGUAGAAAAGCAAUUUAGAGCCUUUAGAAGAGGUUUCCAUAUGGUAACCAAUGAGUCACCACUAAAGUAUUUAUUCCGACCGGAGGAGAUUGAGCUACUCGUCUGUGGAAGUCCGAACCUAGAUUUUCAAGCACUUGAAGAUACUACAGAGUAUGAUGGUGGAUAUGCCAAGGACUCCCGUAUUGUAAGGGAGUUCUGGGAAAUUGUCCACGCAUUUACAGAGGAGCAGAAACGACUCUUCCUGCAGUUUACAACAGGCACAGAUCGCGCACCAGUUGGUGGCCUUGGAAAACUCAAGAUGAUUAUUGCAAAGAACGGACCAGAUUCUGACAGGUUGCCAACAUCUCACACAUGUUUUAAUGUCCUCCUGCUUCCUGAGUAUUGCAGCAAGGAAAAGCUCAGUGAGAGACUACUAAAGGCCAUUACCUAUGCCAAAGGAUUUGGCAUGCUGUAAAAGAUAUGAAUGUAAAGCGUGUGAUAAAAAAGUAAAAUUAUGGGUGUCAGUGCCCCUGUUUUUUUUUAAAAAAAUAAAGGCCAUAUGAUAGUCAGCUACAAUAGUCACCCAUGUCUGUGCCUCCCCUCUGGGGACACUGGGUUGGAACAGCAGAUUUCAGCAACUUGUACGAACAAAUUUUUUUGGUUAGUGUGACUUCCAUAUCAUUUGCUUGUAUGUAUAGUAAACUUUUUCUGAAUAUUUAUUUUAAAGUUCAAGAAAAAAUUACUCAAUCAUAUGUUUGUUACAUUACUGAAUUGAGCCUUUUUGAAUUUAUAAAAGGAAAUCAAAUUCUCCUGGAUGACGUUCCUAGGAUCAUCAAUGUAUUUUUAAAAUAUGUACUAUCAUUUCCUUGUAUCCACUUGGUUCUGGGUGCACUUUUUAUUUGUUCCAGUCCGCUGGCCUGCCACCUGCCCACCAACACCCCCCACCCCCCAAAACAAACCCCGGCCCCCAGCAUUGCUUUGGAGCUUAGGUUUUGGAGUGGUUUGGUGCAAGUACUGCUGUUCUAGUCCCAGAGAGCAAAUUUUUACUUACCUUUAGGUCUAAUAAAAAUGGAAGGGAGAACCUGGAAUGUUAACGGCGUUCUUGAGAUCUUGCUUUAGUUACAGCACAACAAUUCUUGGAAGGUUUUAGAAAAAAUAAAAGAAAAACUUAACUGUUGGUAGUUCUCACAAGUCUGGAAAUAUUAUAUUUUCUGUCUAACCUUUCAACUCGCACUGGAAUGCUGGGUUCGACUGACUGCAUUUUUUUUGAAGUCCACCUCUUGUUUGAUGCUUUCACACAACAAACCCACACACAAUGGUAGAAAUGUUACCAACUUUAUUGCAAAAUUGUAAGUGGAAUUAGCACGUGAAGGUACCCUUACAAGAAUUGGAGCCUGAGUUUCAUCUUUUGACUCUCUCCCAUCAAAUGUCUGGAAUUUUGAGCGUUUUUUUUCCCUUUUGUUUUUGUUCUUGUCCUUUUAUUUGCUGUACCUAAACAAUUUAUUCUUCAGGAACAACAUUACAUUUAAUCCUAUAGGCCUUACAUUAGUUCUAAUGGAGGAAAGGCUCAUUGCAUUUGAAAUAGUAUAUGAUAUUGCAAGAGUGUGGGUGCUGAUGAAAUAAGGUUGACAGCACUAUUUAAACAAUUUUUACUCAUUGACAAAUGAACAAAGGAUGUUAACAUGAAUGAUACUAAAUAAAACAGACUAAAACCA